CUUUUUUUGUGGCUCAGUUUCCAUUUCAACGUCGAGCGAACGAAAAGUUGCAGCGUAAAAAUACCAAUUGCGGUCAAAUAUUCACGCAUAUUUCGCAAUUUCUCAAUUUCGAAAAACUACAAAAGAUAAUUAAUUAAUGUGCUUAAAUGCGCCAUGGACUAUGCAAAAGUUAUGUGCUAAAAAGUGAGAGUUAAAAAGUGUUGCAACAGGCAAUCAUGUGGAAUGCAUCAAGGAUUCAACAGUUUUUCCGGCUACUACCGAUUCUGAUUCAUCUGUCCCGAUUUUGUUGGGCCCAACAGACGCACAUCAAGCUGGAGCAGGGAGACCUUAUUGGGCUCAAGGUCUUUCCCGAUGGAACACGUGGCGCUGUCUACGCUUUUUUGGGCAUUCCCUAUGCUCAGGCACCUCUCAACGAGCUCCGAUUUGCUCCUGCCAAGCCGAGUUCCAGCUUUAACCGCACCCUCCAGGCCACCGCCAUGCAGCCCCUGUGUCCGCAGCUCUCGAACACCAUCUACGACGAGAGCUCGGAUGGCGGCAUUCCCAGAUCAGUGAGCACAGACGAGGACUGUCUGUACCUGAGCAUUUGGACGCCGGAAUCGGGGAUGCGAUAUGGCAAACUGCCCAUCGUUGUUAUUGUCACGGGUGAGGAGUUCGCCCACGACUGGCCCAGAAAUCGCAUCAAUGGCUUGGAUUUGGCUGGCGAGGGCAUUGUGGUGGUCAGUGUCCAGUACCGAAAUAAUAUUUACGGAUGGCUGAGUCUGGGCGCAGAGCAUCGCCAUGUGGCCGGAAACUAUGGCCUAAGUGAUGUCCGAAUGGCCCUGCGGUGGAUCCAAAGGAACGCCGACGCUUUCGGUGGCAGUCCGGAGCACAUUACCCUUUUGGGUCACGGAAGUGGAGGAGCACCACUGGCCCUGGUUGCCACUCUAGAGGAACCCCAGCUGGUGAAGCAGCUGGUGCUGAUGUCACCCGGUCCCAUUGUGCGCACCUUGGGUCGGAAUCACCAGAAGCGGAUAGUGGCAACGGGUCAGGAUCUGGUCAGGAAAUUGGGCUGCCAGUUCGAGGAGGCCCAACGGCGCCAACUGAUGGGUUGCCUGAGGCGCAAGAGUCGAGAGGACCUGCUGCGCGCCUACGAAAGUGUCUACAACCAUGGCAACGGCAGCUCCCAGCUGGGAGUGCUUCUGCCGGAAGGACUCACCUUCGAGCAGCGAGUGCGGAACGAAACACUGCCGCCGCUGCUGCUGGGCAUCACCUCCAAUGAGGGAGCCUUCCUGCAGGACUACUGGCUGGAUGUGGCCAGGGAGGGUCAGGUGGCGCUCCACAAGUACAUCAAUCACACGCUGCUGCCCAAUGUGAUGCGAGCCAUGGGUUCGGCGGAUGAGCAGAGCUCCUCCCAAUUGGCAGCCAUCAGGUGGAGGUACUUCAAUGGCCAGGGAGAGGGCGUCGUCCACCUGCUGGCCGGAAUGCAGCGGCUGCUCUCCGAGUCCCUCCACGAACUGCCUUUCUUCCGGCUCCUGGAUCAGUUGAACGGGAGCACCAGCUAUGCCUACGUGUUCGAUCAAUCGCACUCGAUGGACAUGCGUGGCAGGAGGAACCUCUUCGGCGGGGCCUCCCACAGCUCCGAUCUGCCCCUGCUCCUGGGUCCCAGUCUGUUCCAGCAGAUUGCGCGCCGGAGAUUCAGUGGCGAGGAGGAGCAACUCUGCCGUAAACUGAGGGGAGCCUUUGCCAACUUCAUAAAGAACGGAAAUCCCACGCCGGGAAGGAUCUUCGAUGGCUGGUUGCCCCACAGCAAAGAGAACCCAUUUGUCUACAGUCUGGGUGAGCAGACGAAGGCUUCGCAGGCGGGAUCAGUGGACGAGGCAGAGGUGGACAAGUUGCUGCGAGGCGAGACGGGAGCCACGGGCACGGAUAGGAGCUUGUCGCGUAGCAAUCGCCACGAUACCUACAGAGCAACUCCCUCAAAUUCCUAUACGGCUCGCAAUCAACUGGAUUCGGGCUACUCCCAUCACUUGCAGCGGGUUCACGGCUUCUGGCAGGUGCUGCUCCCACUGGAAAGAGAGGAGGACCUGCGCGGAGGAGGAGGAGGAGGAGGAGGAGGAGGAGCACUUGGCCAGCGAGUGCGACUGCUGGAGGCGAGUGCCGAUGCCGCACGCUAUCGACAGGGAUUCUACGCCAUGCUGGGACUGGUGUGUCUGCUCCUGGCCUGCCUCUGUCUCUGCGUCUAUCUACUCAAAAGAGACCCCAAUCCGAUGAGACGACGCAGUGCCUCGACGGCCUCGGACUGCUAUAGCUUAUGACAUAAGUGGUUUCGUUGGACGACCAUCUUUGGGGGCCGGACGGACGAGGGGCCAUCGACCUCGGGCAUUGCCAAUGUCGAGUCCUGGCGCAAAGGUGGUCGUGCAACGAAACGGGCAGAGGAAGGAAACGGUGGCGCAGUCGGUGGCGGUGGCGGAGGAGCAGUAUCUGCGAGUGGAGGAGACAACCUUGGGGCAGAGCGACGAGAGCAGAUUCACAAUAAUCAGCGUGCAAGACGUCCCCGGCAAUUGCAGCCGUACGAUUUCAAGAUUGCCCACUCUAUUGGAGGAGCAGGAACUGGAUCCGGACCAGGGUUCGGAGGAGUGGCAGCAUCAUCGGGCAGAAACGGAGGCGCAGCCAGAGCGGAAACACGAUCGGGAGGUGGAGCUCCGCCUGGAACUGUUGAGGAACUCCUGGACCCUGUCGCCGGCAAAUUCGAGCCGAGUGUGGCUGUUAGGAACUGGCAAUACCAGUUGACUUGUGAUAAGUUCUGAAAGCAACCAAAAAUUGUAAUUGUAGUUUCGUAUGCUUAUUUUAACGUUUUAUGUUUACACUUGUCCGUAAUUAAAUAAACGAAUAUUUUACACAUUA